GACGGGAUCGAUCUACUGGAAAACGGAUAGAACCGGAACUUAACGUGUGCAUCGCAGAAAUCCAUCCGACCAGAGUUGGCAGCAUCGUUGAGAAAGUGGUACCUCGCUCAUAUAGUUCCGGCCGGACGCUGGAGCUUGGCGUACACCGUUCCGCUCAGUGACUGGUCCUCCCUUGUCAUGCCAGGGUUUCUGUGGGCUCAGGUUCGGGCCGCUCUGCCGCUGUCUCUAGAGCAGUUCCCGGCUGAUCCGGGCCCAGAAGUAGAUGAUAGUGUGGCCUGGUGUGUGCGGGAGGCCGCGGUCUGCUUGUAUGGCGGAGACCUGGAACGGUGCGGGAGGCUGGGGCAGCUGCUUAUGGAUUACGGCUGGGAGAAGCUAAAUGCGCGGAGCUGGCAGGAAGUGUCCCGGGGGUGGCGGGCCGUAUACACCUAUGGGUGUUUGUUUAAGGCCCUCGGGCUGUGCUGGAGCCCAGCUGGGGGUAGCAGGGAGGAGGCCGUGCGGGUGUGUGACAUGGGGCUGCUGCUGGGAGUCCACAUCAUGGAUAACGUACUGGGCAGAGUUAUCCACAUCCUGCAGCAUGGAGACCGCUCGCCGGACGUGCCAGCCAGAGAGGGGCAUGAGGGGGGAUCGGUGUCAGUCAUGGACCGGCUUGGGCCUGACCCGGUGUCAGUCAUGGACCGGCUUGAGCAAGGACCAGUAUCGGCCAAAGGCAGGCUUGAGCACGGACCGGUGCUACCCGGGGAAAAGCACUGUAACAGCCUGCUGGCAGAUGCAGAGCGGCUUCAAUGUGGGCCAGAAUCAUCCACAGAGCAGUCUGAACAUGAACCGGUAGAAUCAUCAGAAAACGUCCCAGUAUCAGCCUGGGAAAGCCCUGAACAUGGACGCGUAUUUCCAAAUCAUAAACCAGAUUAUAAUAUGCUGCGGGAGAAGCCUGACGAUGAGCAUCAGAAACAAGAAUUACCGAUUCGGGAGAAGGAGUCGGUGGAAUCCCGGACCUCAGGUUUGGGCUUUAAGGGACAGAAGAGGCAAAGGAAUACCAAAGGAGAAUCGGAGCCGGAGAAUGACUUAAUACCAGAGAAAAUGCACCAUUCACUCAUUCCUGCCGUGAAUUUGGACCGUGCGAUCCCAAAGCUCCACUGUCCGUCUUUAGAAUACUUCAAAGAGAACUUCUUGACUUCACAGAAGCCGGUUAUUCUAGAAGGCAUCGUUGACCAUUGGCCUUGCAUGAAGAAAUGGAGCGUGGAAUACCUCCAAAAGGUAGCAGGAUGCCGAACGGUUCCUGUGGAGCUGGGAUCCAGAUACACCGAUACGGAAUGGUCUCAGGAACUUAUGACUAUAAAUGAUUUCAUUAACAGAUACAUAAGAAACCAGCAAGGCCGUACUGGAUAUCUGGCUCAGCAUCAGCUGUUUGAACAGAUAAGUGAACUGAGAGAAGAUAUUGGCAUUCCGGAUUACUGCUGCCUUGGAGAAGGCGAUGAAGAUGACAUUACUAUUAAUGCUUGGUUUGGUCCAUCGGGAACCGUUUCUCCUCUUCACCAGGACCCUCAACAGAAUUUCCUGGCUCAGAUUGUAGGAAGGAAGUACGUACGCGUCUACGCGGUGGAUGAAACGGAAAAAGUAUACCCGUUUGACAGUUCGCUCCUUCACAACACAAGCCAGGUCGAUGUUGAAAACCCUGACACUGACAGGUUCCCACGGUUUUCAGACGCGGCGUAUCAGGAAUGCAUUCUGUCACCCGGCCAGUUGCUUUUUAUCCCGGUGAAAUGGUGGCACUACAUCCGAGCCCUGGAUAUCAGCUUCUCUGUCAGUUAUUGGUGGUCCUGACUUAGCCGUGGGGUUUAGGAAUUACAUCGACUCGCUGGACCCUCUCACUUGCUGUAUACGGAGCUGGCUUUAUUCCUGUGGCCGGCCAGGAGGUGUGAGCCCUACAGGGUCACAUGACACAGUCACAUGACCCCACAGUAGCAAUGCGGCACCUCGGAUGUAUGGAGGUCAUUCAUCACACCUUCUCUUCUUCAUAGAUGAAAAUGAAAACAUUCACCGGCUUCUUUGGCUUAUAUUAGGCCAGUUAUUCAUUUUGAACUUGAAAUCUUUCCUUUUGGAAAUGAAUUUAAACGGACAGCU